UUAUAUACCUCCACCUUCACCACCAUCACUGAGGUGCCCUUUCUGAAUGGCAGUGUUGUCACCUUUUCUAGCAGAGGAACAACUUGAGUCACAAUCAAUCACAGUUAAUUGCUGGUGAGUGAGCCAAAACAAAAUUAAUAGAUCGAGUCUCCAACUUCUCCAUCAACUCCGAUAGUGGCUUUACAACACUCUAUACUAAAUAGUAUAUAGUGUUUCUACCAGCUAGCUAUGUCAUUAUUUACCAUCUAUAAUCCCAAACACUUCUCUCUAAGUUACUGUCCCUGUGGAACCUGAUUUUUACCUCUAUUAUAGGCAGAGAUAACCAUGCAUCUUCUAUACAACACGCUCUACAUUGAAUGUGACUAUCAGAGCUGACAUCAGUGCUGGAAUGAUGAAGCAAAUUUUGUAUUGAGUAAGACAACAUAAUUAUAUACAAUCAUGUAUUCCUCCUCUUAAUCUCACACCAUCGAUCUAUACGUGUUACCAUCACCAUGCAAUAUACAUAUCCGGUAUCUACUAAAAUGGAUCCAAGCUCAGUCCCCUGACCCUAGGACUUUUAAUUCACUAUAAUUACUAUAAAUAUAAUACAUCUGUAUAGAUUAUAGGUAGCAGGUGCUGCUGGUUUUGGAUCUAUAUAUCGUAUAGCAGGAAAUUUUUGCAGGUGCAAAUUUUCUCUCUUUGGCUCCAGAGCCCUCAGCAGAAAUUGUUGUGGGUUCUAGUAUUUGCGGUUCAAUGCCAGGAAACCACACCCACCAAUAGCUUUGCAUGUGAAAUACCGGUGCAUGGGACUGAGUUUUAAUUUUUGCGUUAACUAUAAUAUACUCUGCCAUAAAAAAAUGCUAAAUGUUGCACCCCACGAAAAUUUCCCGCUGUAUACAGUAGCUGAAAGUUUUGUUGGCAGUCUGUUUGUGGUGACACUGAUUUAUCGUAUAGUUUAUAGUGUUAUAAUUAUAACAAUAAAAGUAAACGACUUAAAUAAUUAUUUAUACCUAGAAUUUUGUCAAAUUAAUUUUGGCUUAUGGACAACUGAGAAAAUCAAGAUGAUUAUAUGACUAUCAUCGAGGCCAAAACAUGAGUAGCUAUAUAUUGAUUGCACUGAUUCAGAAGUGUUUGUUUGUUUAUCAAAAUGGUUACGAUUGUAUUCAUCACUUUCAAUUCCUUUAUGCAUGAUCACAGCAGCUGGCUAAACAAACACCCACACUCAUUAAAAGACAAGGCAGUGUGUUUCCAUUCCUUUCCAGACAUGCUUCUACUUCCAUUUACAUUCUCCUUUACUACAUGCAUAAUUAUGUUAGGAGAGGUACAUAAUUAAUGAACAUGUGUAGCAAUUUAGCAACUGUUUCAUUAACAAUCUUUACCUGCACUAGCUUCCUACACGUGAACUGACUGGUAUCACAAGACUAUAAGGCGAUAAUAAACCUACUGUCCUGGCUUGCAAGUCCAUUAGCUCAUGAUUAGCUCUAUCUGCAACUAUAGAUAUCUAGAUCUACACAAGACAAUACAUUUUGCUUUUUUGGGCUUUAUAAAAAAAAGUAGUGAACUUCAUGGUGGUAACAAAGGAUUUAUAGAGAAAGCGAUGCUGAGAGACACACUGAUGUCAAUUUUCUUCUUACACAAUUCAAUUCAGAUCAAGUAUCUUCUGUUAAUAGCAUUUAUGAUUAACUCUCAGACAGGAGAGGCCUCUUUAGUGUCCAACACGAGUGUGGCGUGUCCUGGAGAGGCAGUUCUGUUCACAUGCUCUAAGCCUGCCACUGCAUUAAGAUGGCAAGUGGAUCUUCCAGCAGAGUUUGGGUUGACGUCAGUACAAAGUGCAAUUUUCCUUGGUUCUAAUGUUGGUCAAAGGGACACAUUUGGAUCAGGAGUGAUCAUGUUUGAGGCUGUUCUUGUGAGCAGUGAUGGUGGAACUGUAACGUCCACUCUCAUCAACCUCAGUGAAGUGUCUGUACUGGAUGGUAGCAAUGUCACCUGUACUAGUACUGUUACUGAUGGUGGUGUAAUAGAGUUACAACAGACAGUCAUAGUUGCUGUUGCUCCAACCGCUCCACUCAACCCAAGACUGUCUGCCGCUCAAAAUCAAAUCAGUUCGUCCAUUGUCACUGUAUUAUGGGAUUCUCCCUCCUCUACUGGUGGUGUGUCUGUCAGCUAUGUCCUCAUCAUCUCCCCAACACCUCUCUCCGGGUCACCAGUCACCGUGGAGACCACCUCGGCACAGAUAAUCAUCUCCUAUAACACUCCCUACAAUGUGAACAUCAGAGCUAUCAACUGUGUUGGAUCGAGCAGUGAUAUGAUGCCAAUGAUUCCUGCUAUUGUUACAUGCCCCUCUAACCCAACGCCUACCAACCGAGUGACCAUCAAUGGUGCUCCUCCACUGCCUGCACUAGUAGGAUCAACUCUUAGUUUCACUUGCAAUGGACAGACGGUACUAGCAACCUGUGAGAGUAAUGGACGAUGGUCACAUGACCCCACCACAUACGACUGUCCCUCAGUGCACUGCUCUCUUCCUCCUGAGCUGUGCAAUGGUGGUAUAGUGGACUAUGAGAGGUUGAACGAGACAGUGUUGGAGGGAACAGUGCUGACUUACCAGUGUGACAAUGAAUUCUCAUUGACUGGACCCAACAACAUCAAUUGUACUAAUGCUGGACUCUGGAGCAUUGAGCCUGAGGCAAUCAAGUGUGUACUUAGGACUGAAGGUUCUACAGUCGCCAUCCUAUCUACUGGUGAAGCUAUCGCUAUAAGUUUUGUCAUAACUUUCAUUGUGGCUGCAAUUCUUGGAUUCCUUGCUGGACUCCUAGUGAUGCACUUGUGCUCAGGCUCUUGUAAGAAGGCAGUAUACUCUCCAGCAACUAAAGAACAAGCUAAUAUAGGACCCACUGCACCAGUUGGUCCUGUUUAUGAGGAGGUGUCACCCAAAGAUGAGAUUGAACUGAAUACUAACCAGGCGUACGGACCUGUUGCACUAUAACUAUGUAUACGUUCCAGCCAGUAUUAUAUUAUCAGUUAUAGCUGCAUGGAGUACAUGCAUGUUUUACCUUGUAUACCAAACAACGAAGAUUAUGA